UCGCUGUUAUAUAAAUAAACAUAUACAUACAGUUUGGUGUUAGCGCUGAUCUUAUUCACUUGUUCGGCUCAUUCGUUUGUUUGUAAUAAAUCCUUUUUUUGAUUAAUUCUUCAGUAUGUACGAAGAAGAAAAUAACGGUUACUACGAUGAGGCAUAUAAUGCCGAGGAGGAGCAGCAAGAGGAAGAGGAGAUGGAAGAGUACAGACCCCACCAUCACAAGCACAAGUCUCACAAGCGAGAGCACAGGCACAGGUCGAGAUCACGUGAUAGGAAGAGAAGUCGAUCUAGAGACAGGAAAACGUCAAGUCGAAAGUCGAGGAGGGCUUACAAAUACUGGGAUGUUCCACCUGUUGGAUUCGAACAUGUCACUCCCAUGCAGUACAAAGCCAUGCUUGCAUCUGGUCAAGUCCCAGUGGCCCCGGGGGUUCCAACUGCUGCUGCUGCUUCAUUGGCUGCCAUGAGUACAAACAAUGCACUGAGCAGACAGGCCAGGAGAUUGUACAUUGGAAACAUUCCAUUUGGUAUCACAGAGGAAAUGAUGAUGAGCCAUUUUAACGAUCAAAUGAAAAUGGCUGGGGUUUCGCAACAAGACGGAGAGCCAGUGAUAGCCUGCCAAGUCAACAUGGACAAGAACUUUGCUUUUCUUGAGUUUCGCUCGGCAGAAGAGUGCACACAGGCCAUGGCAUUCGAUGGCAUCAUAUUUCAGGGGCAGUCCUUGAAGAUAAGGAGGCCCAGAGACUACCAACCACUGCCUGGACUCACCGAGAACCCGUCUGUUAAUGUUACUGGUCAGUUAGUUGGUGUUGUAUCUACACUUGUCGGAGACACACCAUACAAGAUUUUUAUUGCCUGUCUGCCUAACUAUCUCAAUGAUGAUCAGGUUAAAGAACUACUGACGUCAUUUGGACCCCUGAAAGCGUUCAAUCUCGUUAAGGAUUCUGCCACCGGGCUGUCGAAGGGUUAUGCAUUCUGUGAGUACGUCGACCCCAAUGUUACAGAUCAGGCCUGUUUAGGAUUGAAUGGCAUGCAACUUGGUGACAAAAAGUUGAUUGUUCAAAGGGCCAGCAUUGGAAAAAAUCCUCUUGCUGGCGGAGCCAUGUUAACCAAUCUUCAGAUCCCAGGCUUGAAUAUAAGCGAUGUCACAGGUAGUAGUACAUCCAAUACUUCCACUGAGAUACUCUGUCUCAUGAACAUGGUGACACCAGAGGAGUUGGAAGAUGAGGAGGAAUAUGAUGAAAUUUUGGAUGACGUCAGAGAGGAAUGCAGUAAAUAUGGAUCAGUCAAAAGUUUGGAAAUUCCCAGACCAAUCAAAGGAGUGGAAGUCCCGGGAGUUGGAAAAAUUUUCGUCGAAUUUCAUUCCGUGGUCGACUGCGAAAAUGCUCAACAGAAUUUGGCGGGGAGAAAGUUUGCAAAUCGCGUCGUCGUGACCAGCUACAUAGAUCCAGACAGAUACCACAGAAGAGAGUUCUAAUUGGCUGUGGACGAUUUAAAUUCUCUUUUCUGAUUGGCUAUUUGAAUGUGAAAACGUGAUUGGUUGGCAUUUAAACUCCUUGUUUUAAUGAUUGGAAUGGUAUAGAUUUAUUAUUAAGUUCGUUUGGAAAUUGUACAAUGUGAUUGACUAUUUAUUCAUUAUUAUACUUUUGAAUACUGAUAUGUUAAAACUUCGUAAUGGUAAAUAAAAUCGGUCUUAAGUAUCUUAAGUGUAUGAUCUUAACGAUACAAAUACUAAUUAUUUUUGGUUGCUUAUUAAUUACAUAAUUAUUAUUAUACUUAUUAUUAUUUUUGAUUAAACUUGUUCAACUUUAUAUUU